AUGUCUAUCUCAAUCUCCCGCGCCGUUCUGCGGCAGUCGCGAUAUUUGAUCCGAAGACCGGCUUUCAGAUUUGCGUCCACAACCACUGAGGCUGCAACCAAGACCAAGGACACUGCUACCUCUGCUGCGACAAAGGCUUCUCAGGGAAUUUCCAAAGCUGUUGCCACUGCGGGUCCUGCGAUUGCAACUGCCCUCUCAGGAGUCAGUAGAGCCUUAAGGAAAGUGGGUGGACGAACAGGCAAAUUUAUCGCUAUCGUUGAUUCAUUAAUACCUCCCACGAUUUACUACUCCAGAGUUGGUUUGGAGCUGUCGAAAAUAGUAUUCAGAGGGCAGAAGAUGACCCUGCCAAGCCUAGCGACUUUCCAGGGAUAUUAUCAACCUCUACUCAGAAACCUCCGCCAGCCAUCGACCUUGAUCUCCCAACUAUCCAAGUCUUUCAAUGCAGAAGACAUCCUUCCCCUUCUCCGGAACAUUGAUAGGAAGCAAUUGGCGGUUGCUGGUGUUACAGCUGCUGAGGUGAUUGGAUUUUUUUCUGUUGGUGAGAUUAUUGGGCGCUUUAAACUUGUCGGAUACAGAGGCGACACUGGACAUGCGCAUUAG